UCCUCGAGCUUGCGGUGGCGAAAACCUUUCGGGAGCUGGAAUUUCAACCAGAGAAUAGACGGAUUCCGCAUGUCGUUCCGACCUGAAGUCGAUUCCUAAUCCAUUCGCAGAAUAGUCGUACGGUUUCCCGGACCGAUAGGUUUGAUAUUUUCCUUUCAUUUGCCCGUUUACUGCCAGUAGUGUUGGAAAACAAAAUCGCGAAGCAUGGAGCGAAAUCACCGGGAAGAUCAGUGCAACGAAAUCGAAGCGCUGGACUCGAUCUACUGUGGCGAACUGGAGGUUCUGCAGUCGGAACCGCUGCAUCGGUUCAAGCUACCCAUUGCCACCACCGAGUACGAUCAGGAGAUCGAGACGGAAGGAUUGUCGUGUAAGCUGGUGUUUUCCUAUACGGGGAAGUAUCCGGACACGGCACCCCUGGUGGAGAUUGAAGAUUCGGAAAACUUUCGUGACGGAUACGAGGAAGGCCUUUUGGAGCACAUUCAGGAAACGAUUCAGGAAAACCUCGGCAUCGAGAUGAUAUUCUCGCUGGUCAGUUCAGCUCAGGAGUGGCUUAACUGCAAGUACGAUGAACUGAAGAACGAAGCGGAGAACGAAAAACUGGAAGCGAAACGACUUUUGGACGAGGAGGAACGGAAAAAGUUCGAAGGUACCCGUGUCACUGUGGAAUCGUUCAUGGUGUGGAAAACCAACUUCGAACGGGACACGGGCAUCACGGAAAAGAAGGAAAAGUUUCUGGGCCAAACACCGAAGCUUACCGGUAAGGAGCUGUUCCUGCUGGAUAACACCCUCAACGAGUCGGAUCUCAAGUUCCUCAUCGAUGCCGGCGAACCGAUCGAGAAUGUGCGGAUCGAUGAGUCCCUGUUCCAGAACAUUGAAGACCUCGAGCUGGACUCGGACGAUGACGACGACGACGAUGAGGAUUACGUGCCAGAGGAGAAGUAAAUCAGGGAUCAACAAGCGGAAGUCGGUCGGCGUGGAAUCGUUAUUUGCUGUUUUUAAAAUCUUUACUUGCUUAUAGGACCUAAACAAUUUGCGGAAAUGAUUAUUAUUUAUCGAAAUAAGAACCGAUGGAUGUCGGAGAAAGUGUGUCAGGUUUAAGGCGUUUUGAUUGAGAAA